AUGAUCCGAUUAAAAAAUACAACACGGCUACUCAGCACGGCGAAAUCGUCUUUCAUCCAUGAUUAUUCCAUUCUGCCCACCAGCAUACAGUACCGACUGCCGUCAAAAGAGCAUCCCGCGCUGCCUGAUAAUCAUUCCAACAUCAUUCGAUACAUUUUGGAAAUGGGCGAAAUUGAGGGUUUUGACUGGCAAAAGAAUCUGCAGAUGUUCCAAAAGUACCCGAUGAUGACUACAAAGAGACUUGAAAAACGCACAAAAAGACCCUCGAAUGUCAGAAUGCUCUCGUCUGACUUUAUCGAGGACUCGUUGUACAACCCGUCGUACGGCUAUUUUGCGAAGCAGGCAACCAUAUUCCAGCACGACGAGCCUAUUGUGUACAAGGAACUGGGUGGUCAGGAUGAGUUUAUGCAAAAAUGGAUUUCUGCGUAUGAUCAAUACGACCAAAAAAUGGUGCCCACUCUAAAGAAUAGCAAGGAGAACCACUUCCAAUUGACGAAGCCGUCGUUGCAAUUAUGGCACACUCCCACGGAGUUGUUCCAGCCGUACUACGGAGAGGCAUUGGCGAGAUAUUUACUGGUGAAUUACAAACUAAACCAGUACCCAUACAACGAUCUCACCAUCUACGAAAUAGGAGGAGGAAAUGGAACGCUCAUGACCAACAUUCUAGACUUUAUACAGAAAACACAGCCCGAGGUCUACGAGCGCACAAGAUACAACAUCGUGGAGAUCUCAUCGCGUUUAUUUGACAAGCAAAUAAAAAACAAGAGCAAACAUAGCCACAAGGUGCACCUCAUCAACCAGUCUGUGCUCGACUGGAAUAGACCUGUGCUCGAGCCGUGUUUUGUUGUGGCGCUCGAGGUGUUUGAUAAUUUGGCACACGAUGUGGUUCGCUACGAUAUCAACACCAAACAGCCUUACCAGGGAUACGUCGUGAUUGAUGAGAACAAUGACUUCAAAGAGGUGUUUUCACCUGAACUGAACCCAUGGACCAAGCAUUUUUUGAACCUUCGUGAACAGAGCAAAUGCGCAGUGUCAUCACUGAAAAAUCAUCCUCUCAACCAGCACAAACUGCUACAACAGCUAAAAAAUGCGUUCUACCCCUUGAGAAAUAAUUUGUCGGACCCUGAAUUUGUGCCUACGAGACUACUAAAAUUAUUCGAGAUACUGAAAAAAUACUUCCCCAACCAUCAGCUGGUGUCGUCUGACUUUUCAAGUUUCAACAGCACCGUCCCGGGCUACUGCUCGCCGCUGGUCCAGACAAUGCACAAAGACAGGAUGGUCAACGUCGACAGCUACAUGGUAAACCAGGGGUAUUUUGACAUCAUGUUCCCUACUAAUUUUGACGUGAUGAGCGAACUGUACCGGUUGGUGGUUGGCAAACUAUGCAACACCAGCACCCAUGCAGAUUUUCUGAGCGUGUGGGCCGAUACAGAGGUCACAACUACCAAAAGCGGAGAGAACCCAAUGCUUGAUCUAUAUUCUAACGCAUCAUUUCUGUACAGUUGA